AUGACAAAUAAUUUCCCUUCAGGUGCUGACAGUGUGAAGAAGAGUUCCUGCAGAGCUGCUGUGCUGUUUCUGGGUCUGCUGUGUCUUCUCCUCCUGGCUGGACUCAUAACUCUGGGCUCCCUCUACACCAAAAAGGAUAUGAAGAUGGCCCUCUUGCAGACCAGUUACAACAAUCUGACCAAUGAAAGAGACCAGUUGCAGGUCAGUCUUUACAACCUGCAUGGAGUUCUAAAUCAGUUGCAGUCCAGAUACGACACCCUGGCUAGAGAGAAAGACCAGCUACAAAAGAGACUUGAGUCCAUGACCAAAGACAGAAAUGAUCUCCAGAGAGGGUGUCAAGGAUGGGUGUAUUUCGGUGGUAGUGUUUAUUACAUUUCUUCUGUCAAGAAAACCUGGCAAGAAAGUAGAAAUUACUGUCUUCAAGAAGGUGCAGACCUGAUGAUUAUCAACAGUGAAGAAGAACAGAAAUUCUCAAGCCAGUGGAAGGAUAAUAUAUGGAUUGGACUCACUGACAGAGAGACGGAGGGGACGUGGAAAUGGGUUGAUGGGACACCUCUGACAACAAGCUACUGGGCAAGCAAUGAGCCUAACGGCCAUACAAUCUUACGCGAUGAAGACUGUGGAGAAGUGAUGCUCCAUGAAAUAAAAGACAACUGGAAUGAUAAAGCAUGCGACGAUCCAAACUUUUGGAUCUGUGAAAAGAAAUUACCUCUGUAACUCAGCCAGGACAAUUCCAGUUUUUAACAGUGCCAGUGAAACUAGCUCAGCUAAAAUUGAAAACGCCUUUUUUCUGUCUGUUUUGGCCUCACAUACACACUAAGCCCAGAUUUUUAAAUGAUGAAUGCCUGCUCAGACACACUCAGUGAAGUUCAAAGGACAACCUCCAUCUAUCGCCUGAUUUCACACCAUAUCAACACAGUAAUCACAUCCUCCUAAUGCUACUGUACGAAACUGUUCUCCUAAUGUUAACAGUUUAAAUGUUGAGUUAGUGUUCACUGAGGUUGUCACGGCAUACCAUGCUGUGGAUGAUGAGGGCAUUUGAAUGCACCUCCAAGACCAAAAAAAGCAACUUAGCAUCCUUAACAAUAUAGGUCAUCAAAAACUUUUGCCAACCACAGCCUCCACACGUCCGACAUUGUUUGGACUGACUACCCCCUGGUGGCAUGUCCAAAUCAUGCAACCAAAUGGUGAUGUAAGAAAAACUAAAGGGCUGCAACAGAGUCUGUAUCUGGUCCGUCAGUCAAGCAUCUAUUGUGUAUGUGGUUAUUCCAGUAUUGUGUGAUUGUUUUUAAUUGACUGAACUUUUGCAACUAGUGCCUACAAUUAGAGAACAUGGGGGUUGGGGGCUUAUUUGUAAAGAACUGUAAAAUAUGAGUCUCUUUUUGAUAGCUGUAAAGAAAUUAUUUACAUUUUAAUGGUUACAUCCUUUUUCUCAUCAACUCUUUUCUAUGAUAUUGGGCAGAUCUAACAGCAGCCAUUAUACAUUAAACAUUUACUAAGCUGA